AGAAUUCGUGUUUUCGAUCCUCCUGGACAGGGAAAAUGGGUUUUUUGGCUAUAUAAUGACAUUACUUUUUCAUCCUGCAACCGCAUCAGCUGCUCUUCUUUCGCUUGUCUCCUAUGGUACGCUCCCUUUUGGUUAUCGCGUUAUUCGUAGCAAUCCAAUGUUUGGACGCCUCACCGGUGAAUAAGAGGCCUUAUACUGCACCCUAUGGUCAUGACGUAUCUAUGCCUGUCACGCAUGCUCCGCCAAAAUCCUUGAUGGCUAGAGCCGAAAAAACAGCAUGCACUAACAUCCGCACCGAUUUCACUCAAGGCACCUCUGGUUGGAAAGAGAUCGAUCCCACCAGGAAGAACUGGAAAGUCACCUCAGAGGGUCUCAAGUUGGUGCUGGCUCCUCCGGAGGAAUACGUGCGCUUGAAGGAUUCCGAAGGCUUGCCUUACAACAAGUAUGCUGGAAGCGGCGCAACGUUUAAUUCGACCGACUACAUGCAGUUUGGCAAAUUCUCGGCCACGGUGAAGAGCGCACCCGUCGGUGGAGCGAUCACGGCUAUUAUUCUUAUUGGCGACAAUGGUGAUGAAAUCGAUUAUGAAAUGCUAGGAGGUGAUCCCAAUCAUGUUCAAACCAACUAUUUUUACGGCGAUGAUAUCGUGUAUGGUGUUAACGGUGACAUCCAUAAAGUACCAAAGGACAUUACCGAAAACUUCCUUACUUAUACUGUGACCUGGUCACCCUCCAAAAUCGAAUGGUCUAUCAAUGGCAAAACCGUCCGUGUGAAAAAGCAAACAGAAACUUGUUCCAAGGGCGAAUGCAAAUACCCUACUCAUCCCAUGCGUAUUCAGGUCGGACUCUGGGACGGUAGCUUUCAACCCGGCACAGCUGAAUGGGCAGCUGGACCUAUCAACUGGGAUAAGGCUCCGGAAAUUGCUGCAUAUAUCAAGAACAUUGAAAUCGAAUGUGAUCCCACGCAUAAUCGCGUCUCUAACUAGUGUAAUCUUAGACUUUUUCCAUGCAUAGUGUCUCUUUCUUAUAAGCACAUAAUUAAACACCGCCAUUCAACGCCUCGAGAAACAUAGCAGGCAAUAAGUCCCACAACAAAAUCUUAUUAUUAUCGAUCUGCUUGGUCUAUUUGAUUUUUGGUUCCAUUAAAAUAUG